UCAAGUUCAUAUUAUAACUAAUAACUUGCCCAGUGACAAUUAUUACUCUAUUUACCAAUAAUUGCUGUGACCUGUGACACAGUUAUUAAUCAAAUAAUACGUCCUGUUACUUAAAGAGUCGAUCGUUGAAGAAAAUCCUUAUUUCCUAGAUCAUGUCGGUCGUCUACAAAGCCGUAAUUUCAGCAGCCGACAAAGUUGUACCACGGGGCUUGAGGCCACUUUGGGAACAUCCGGCGGGUCCAAAGACUAUUUUCUUCUGGGCACCCGCAUUUAAAUGGGGCUUAGUUAUUGCUGGCAUUGGAGACAUAACUCGUCCAGCAGAAAAAAUUAGCAUAUCUCAAUGCUCAGCAUUAGCUGCUACCGGUAUCGUGUGGUCACGAUAUUCACUCGUCAUCAUACCAAAAAACUGGAGCUUAUUUAGCGUUAAUGUUUUUGUGGGUGCUACAAAUUUAUACCACUUGGUCAGAGCUUUUAUGUACCAGCAAGAACAAAAGAAGGCAUUGGAAAAUGGCAGUAAAAGUGAUAGUUAUCUUUAAUGUGCAUUAAAAUGUAUAAUUCAAUGAUAAAAUAAUUUUAAUAUGUUUUUGUUGUAUAAAUAAAUAGAUUAUUAUUUAAUCUCAAUAAGGAUGAAUAUAUUAUUUGUCCCAUUGAAAAAAUAAUAAAAUCGCUAUCAUAAUGAAAUAAAUGACAAAUUCUAAUAAUG